ACUGACCGAGUGGCAAACUCGUCGCUCCACCCUUUUUGGGGCAGUUAGUUACUCUCGAAGGUCCGUGAAGGAGUCUUGAUGCGGUCGCUGUCAUUUGUUGAAUGUGUGUGCGUGCCUGUGCAGAGGAUGGCUUAAUGCCUAAAGUUCUGGAAUCGUUGGAAUAAAGAGAGAACUGUUUUGAGCGAUCUUUGCAAUCAGCUUUGUGAACGAACCUCGUGUUUUGGUACUUAUAUUCCCAAAUUCUUGAUCCAGUUGGUGAAUAGUUCUUGCUUCCUGCAAAGGGAAUUUAGCCAUAGCGAAAAACGGGCGAAAAACUGAUCAACGAACCAAGACAACAGAAAGAUCUUGAGAUCAUGAAGUUCCUCAUACUGGCAGUCGCCUGCAUAGGCCUAGGGAAGGCCGAGGUGGGGCGAUACACUUGGGGCAACGCCCUGGCCGACCCGACUGAAGCAGGACCCAAUGGUAAACCUUAUCCAGUCGAUCUUAUCAACCGCUUGGUGGGCGAAGGCGAAUUCGGCGCCCCCAGAAGUCUGCGUCGAGGGAGGAUGCUCCAUCCAACCAUCGACCCGGACUCCGUCAGCAAGAACUUACUGAAUGGGUACCUCGAGGCCAACUCUGGCAUGCCGCGCCUGGCACCGGAAGGUCGCAGCAUGAAGACGAAAUCGCCCGAUAACUCCGUCAAGAUGGGUGGCGCUUCGGUCAAGAUGUCCACCUCCUCCAGCAGUUCCAGCGAAUCGGCCACGUUCUCGUCCUCGGCUUCGACGCCGUCUUCGUCGGGGCCGUCCUCCUGCCAGCCGGGUCCUCCGGCCAGACUGUGCAAGACCCGCUACAACACGACUGCGCCCAUGUACGGCGUCAGCCUCACCUCGGGGCAGCCCGUGACCAUCGUCCAGAAGUUCCCCGACCUUCUUCAGCAAGUGAUCUUUGAAGUGUGCGAAUCGGAUGAAUGCGACAUCGUGCACGGCUCGUGCGUGCAGACCUACGUGCCAUACCUGUUCCUGGUCAUCCCCCUCGGUCCGGUCACCCUAACCGGACAAGACUACGUGCUGGUGGAGUCCGGCUGCGUCUGUCAACCGAAAUACGGACUGCCGUCAACCAUAAAGUCGCCUCUAGAUGCCAUAUCUGGCGGUUCGCCUUAGACGAUUCAAAUUGAUUUAUUUUUCUCUCUAUUUUUAUCUUGUUUUUUUUUGUUUUUGUUCAACUCUUGUCCUCUUUUUUUUCUUCUUCUUUUCUUUUGUUAGCCUUUCUUCUUCUUCUUCUUCUCCUUCUUCUUCUUCUUCUUCUUCUUCUUCUUCUUCUUCUUCUUCUUCUUCUUCUAUUUUGUUAAAUUUUUUCAAUUUUCUCUUGAUUCCUGACGCAGUUUUUAUGUGUAAUGUAACUGCAACUAUCUAUAAUUUUAUUGCUCUGCAUUCGCGUUACUCGUUCUUCUUUGUUAAUUUUCCUUUGUUAUCUUGUUUAUUCAGCCAUGAUGAAUCAUGAUCAGUCAAACGCGAAUGUUAUAGAAAUCAAGAUUUAUCAUAUUCUUUAUGUGGAAGGUUGAUCUUAAUUUGAAAAAGUAUUAAGACUUGAAUAGACAAAACUAAGUUCACAAGAGGACUGACAUAAUAAACUGCAGUGCAGUUGAAGCUUGUAUCGAAUUGAAAAUGAAUGAAAUAUACUUAUGUAACGAAAGGGGAAGCAACUUCUAGCAAGCAAUAUAGACAUAAAAGGAUGUGAGCUUAUUAUUAUUAUUAUUAUUAUUAUUAUUAUUAUUAUUAUUAUUAUUAUUAUUAUUAUUAUUAUUAUUAUUCUAAUGCAGGAGACUGCUGCUUCAAUAGAACAUGCUAAAUACACAAUUAUUAUUAUUAUUAUUAUCAUUAUUAUUAUUAUUAUUAUCAUUAUUGUUGUUGUUGUUGUUGUUGUUGUUGUUAAGAGAUUCACAAUCUCGUGAAGAACAAUCUGUGUCAUAAAAAUCCACAAUUAUAUAUCAGAGUACAUUGCUGUACUCUGAUAUAUAAUUAUAUAUCAGAGUACAUCAGUGUUGACGUUAAAAUUGUUAUUAUUAUUAUUAUUAUUACCGGAGAAACAAGUUCACAGUUGUGUAUAUUAACAUAUAUUUAUAGAUAAAUCUGUUCAGAUACCUUUCGGGAAUCUACUGAUAGGGAGGAUCGACUAGAUUCCCGAAAUUCCCGAAAGCUAUCCGUACAAAUUUAUCUUUAAAUAUAUGUUCAUAUACACAACUGUGGAUAUGUUCCUCCAUUUUAAGAAGCAAGCUAUUAUUAUUAUUAUUAUUAUUAUUAUUAUUAUUAUUUAUUAUUAUUAUUAUUAUUAUGAUUAUUAUUAUUAUUAUUAUUAUACUAAAAGAUAAGAACCGAAGUUAAUCACUCAGUCAAGUGAAAGUGAUAUUAAGGCUUUUGUGACUUAGCAAUACAGCAGAGAUAUUUUCCACGAUAGGUAAGCGAUUAGAAAAUAUAACUUUGAUACUUGAAAAUGUCAAAAUAGAUUGGACAUGACAUUCGUUAGAGAAAAUCGUAUGAUAAAUAACAAUGAUUUUAUAUUCAUAAUUUCACCAGAUUUUGCUUACUAUACAUAACUAACAAGCUAAAAUGGCGUUUUCUCCAGUGACAAAAUAAUUCGACAAGUGAAGCUUGUUUAAACAAUUUACUAAUAUCUAUGAAAAGAUGAAUACAACUAAUUAUGUUAUUUUUAUGUACUAUUACAUUGUUAGUUCAAUUUUCUGAGACUUUAUUGUAUAUAGUAUUUAUUUCUUUGUUAUUUACUUUCUGGUAUGCAAGUGUCCUUUUGAUAUUUAUUUAUAUAAUGUGAUUUUGUAAAGUCUGUGAGAAUGCUUGUUCUGAAUAAAGACAGUUUAUAA